AAAAUACUAUUGUUUUUUUUUCAAGUUUGUUAAUUUUCUGUUUUGUUAUGUACAUGUAUCGUUUCUUUGUUUGUUACGUAAUGCAUGAGACAUUUUGAACCCUACAUUUUUUGGUCAUCAAGAAUUUUAGAUUUUGUAAUAAUGAAUAAUCAGUUAUUGACAUAUUGUUUUCAAAGUUUUGGGUAUUUUUUGUCCUUCAUCGAUAGUAAAUAGACUUCGCAAUGAACAAUAAAAGCAGCCGUUUGUGGGAAGCAAGCUAUCGCCAAAUGCUGGAGGAGGACCAAAGAUGUCUUGCAAGGAAUAGGAAGUUGCUGGAGGAUUUCGAGCACCUAGAAGCAAAAAUGAGGAAUUUCUAUGAAGAAUGCAAAGAAAAUGAAAUACAACUUCAAAAGAAAAAGGCUAAUUUUUUGAGCUAUGUAAUAUCUGUGUACCCGCAAUGGAAAAAAGAUGUUGAACUAUGGCAUGAAAGGAAAGCGAAAUCUCAAAAUAUUUAUAAGGAAAGUCAGUUUCAUGGUAUGCAUUCAACACCCAAGAGGAUGGAUACUAUAGGACAUCAAGGAAUCUCAUUGGAUGAUUAUGCCCAACAAAAGUUUGGAGAUUUCAAGAAGAAUCUUGAAAUUAAUGAAAGUAAACUAGAUGAACAUAAAAGCAAUAUGUUUUUUAAUGACAAAGAUGAAGGAUUAAGGCAUGCAAGGGGGUUAUUAGGACAUUCAGGACCAGGAGGACCACAAAGGGAUUUGGGACGGUAUUUUAACGAACCUGCUCUGUCAUUUAAAGAAACACUUAGUUAUGAUAACAAAAAAAGGUCAAAAGAUGAACCUCACGAGGAUAGAAUCAAAUUUUUGAGGGAGCAAGCCAUGUAUUGUGAGGACAACUAUGGUUUAUCAUUACCUUAUAUGGGUAGGAAUGGAUAUAUGAGGAACACAAAUCAAAGGUCAUUUAGGAACACUGUGGAUAUGUCUUGGGAUGAGUUGCUCUGUCAUAGUGGUUAUUCUAGAAAUGAUCUAGAACAUACAUCAAUGUACCAUUUUAGACCUUUAUUAUCCACACAGUAUCCAACUCCAGGUAUGAAUCCUCACAAUACGCGAAACCACCACUCACCUGGCGUGCAACAGGAAUAUUCGUUUUUAGAGUUGGGUAGACCAAGAUUUUAUGAACAGGAGAACACGUGGAAUGAAGCUCAGAAUGAACGACGCAUUCUCAAUGAAAGAGAUCAAAACUUACGUCGUGAUUUAUCAUUUAGCAAGAAAGACACCAAGGAUAGAAACUAUCAUGAAAAAGAAAGCGUAGCGGUUAUCGACGAGAAAAAAGCAUCUAAUGGUACACAAACAAAUCAUACAGAUGAAGUUAUUGAAACAAAGAAAGUUAUAAGCAGUAGUGAAGAUCAUGGAGAAAGACUCUUUCCAGAAUCCAUUGACUAUAAUGACAGAAACCUCAAGAAUCAAGAAAUCAAAGAAUCUGAUGAACUCUAUAACAAUGCCCAUCAAGAAAAUGUGGGUUUGGUAAAUGAUACUACUCAAAAAUCAUGCAAUGGCUCCAUAAACAACGAAAAGGAAGCAGUUAAAUUUGGUGGAAAAGCAAAGGACAGACAACGUCAUGAUUUGAGAAUUGAUGGAUCGAUGAACGAAGACCCUACUGAUCGCACUACUGUAUCCGAAAACCUGGAUGUUAAAAGUAACGAUCACGCCAUUUUACCACACGAUCCUCCUAUAGACGUCAGAAUCACAGAACUAAAAAAACGGAAAUGGAAUGAUGACUUGUCUGGAUUGAAUACAGAAUCGGGGAGUUUACCCACCAUACAUCAAUAUGAGGGGGAUCCACGUGACUUGUUUAGUGACUUAUCUGGAAGUGAACCGCUGACCAGAGACACUGUGGAUAAGUAUAAUGAAGAUGGAAUUGUUUCCAAUCGUGAGCAAGUUAUCGUGGAUGGUAGAGAAGAGCACGACGUUGGUUAUACUUAUGGUACAGAUGUGGAUCACAUUUUACACGAGAGUAAUAAACCCAGGGAUGGCAAUAAGGAUUUCAGUAGUUUUAAAGGUACCGACACUCCACUGAGUGAUAAAGAAAACAACGUCCGACACCAGUCGCCAUUAUUUUUAGAGAGGGAAGUUGAUGCAACCAACAACAAGGAGACUGGAUCACGAAAAACAUCUGAGAAUCCACACAAUGAAAUAGAGGACGUAUUAGGUGAGGUUGUCGGUGAGUUUGAUAUCAAUGCUCCUGAGAUGUCUGAUGACGAAGAAAUUGAAAAGGCAGCCACGUGUGACGUCAUGGAUAAUGAAAAAACCGCUGGAACUACGAAUUGUAGGUCCUUAGAUGAGAGCAAAAUUGAUGAUGGCGUUGAAGAAAUAUCUGGGGUCAAACAAGACAUUAUUAGUCAUGAAAGAACGGAGAAGUCAGAAAAUGAAACAGAGACUAAGAAGCAAUUUUUUACUUCUUCAAAUUUUAGCAACGAUGUUGUAAAUAUGGUGACAGAAGUUUCGGAACAUAAAAAUGUUGAUGUCUUUGGAAAACAAGAAAAACCUAUUUCUGAGCAUCUGCCAUCAAACGUUGUUCUUGAUUGUUCAAAGAGUAGUACAUCGGAAGCAGUGUUAAACGGAAAGGUUGCUUCUCCUGAAAGGGAUGGUUUUAUUAAUGAAGAUUUAAUAGACGAUCUUGAAAACUUGAGUUUCUCAGUUCAAUCAGCGUCAGACAGGGGCUAUAUUGAUGGUGAUGAGAAGAGUGGAGGAAUAGAAACUUUGGACCAUGAAAAGACUUCUGUAAAACAUGGACGGGGUGAUGAUAAAAUGAAAGACGCUGUCGCAGUAGGUCAUGCUGAGAAAGAUGUAACAGUAGGUCAUGGUGUGAAUGAUGUCAUAGUAGGUCAUGGCGACAAUGAUGUCAUAGUAGGUCAUGGUGAGAAUGAUGUCAUAGUGGGUCAUGGCGACAAAGAUGUCAUAGUAGGUCAUGGUGAGAAUGAUGUCAAAGUAAGUCAUGGUGGAAAAUCUAAGAAAGCUGUUCCUGCGAAUUUAUCGUUCUCUUCUACAGAAUCAAGUUCAGAAUCUCUUUCUGAACGGAAUACAAAGACAAGGGUAAAAAAUAAGACGAAAGAAAGCUUGUCCUACAGUGAAGAUUUUGAAGCGAGCCUUCCUCUUACUCAAAGUGCUGCUUACAAAAACAUGUUGAGUGCAGUAGAUAUCAGCGAUGAAGAGGAGGAUUUGGAAGAAGAAUUUCUACAAGCCACAAUGUCUGAAGCCAACUCAACAGGUAAGAGUGGUGGCAGUAGUUGUAAAACAAAAGACAACAGUAAAAGAACAGAAGAUGUGACUUCACAGCUGGUAGCGUCUUCAUCAAAGCCUGCGUUAAAUAUAUUCAGUAGCGUUGUAAAAGAAGACAAUGUUGUUGAUGGUGACUUUACCACCCGGAGAGGAUCUAGUCAAGAAUCGUUUUCGUCACCACCACUCUCUCCUGACACAGGAGGAGACAUUCCCAGUUUAAGCGCUGCUGCAAAAGAAGAGAACAUUAAAGGAGAAUUGAAAGAAAAUAAAAAAGUCAAUAAACAAGAAUCUGGAAAGAAAUUUCAAGUAUCGGACACAACAUCUAGGAUACAAGCAGGUUUUUGGAAUCAAUCUGAGAGCGAGUCGGAGGUGGAUCUUCAAAUCAGUCAGGGCGACAACGAGAAUAAUAACGAUGAUGAUGACGAUUUUGAUUUUUACAGUUGAUAUGUAGAAUUUUUUUAACCAAGUUAAAUAAAGAAACAGAAUAAAA